AAAAGGUUUUUAGCUGCUGUGCAAAAAUCAUUUGCUGUGUUUGAAAAAGUAUUAAAAGUUGUUAAUUAACAAACAGAUGGGUGAUCAGCCUCCACAAAUGUCUAUGCCGCCAGGUGCCGGACCCAUGCAAAGCGGUCCACCACCAUUGCUUGGCAUGCGGCCACCACCAGGUUUGUUACCUGGACCACCGGCACCGCCAAUAUUUCCACCCGGUCUUAAUAUGCCGCAUCAACAACUGCCGCCACCACAACAAAUGCCCCCACCACCACAACAAAUACCGCCACCAACUCAACAACAAUUGCAGCCACCACCACAGCAGUUGCCACCGCCGCCGCAGCAUUCUUUACAACCGCCAUUACAAAUGAAUCCUCAGCAAAUAUCCAUGCAACAAAUGAAUCCUCAACAGAUGCCACCACCACCGCAUCAACAAAUACCGCCACCACAACCAUGGAAUCAGGGGCCACCACCAUCUCGUAUGGAGGUACCCAAUAAUGAGCCGGUCGGUCGGCCCAUUCCACUCAUGUCAAUGCAGGUUGAGAAACCUAAGAGCGGUAACGGUAGUAAUACGACUGGCAGUUCCACAACAUCGGAUAACGUAGGUGAAGCUGAUGAAAGCAGUGAAAAUGUCGAUGACGACGAGAAAAAUAAAAAGCCUACCGAAGUGGUACUCCCUAAAGUGUUGGAAGAUGUUUUGGCAUUAAAAGAUCAGCGCGCGGCUGAAUUUCAUGUGAAUGCAGAAGAUUUUACUUCGAAUGAAGCGAACAGUGGUGGCGUUGGAAAUGCUGGUGUGAUAGGUAAUGACUAUGGUGAUGCUGGUGAUGACUCAGAUGAUGAAGGUGAGGUCCAAAUGAAUGGUGGCAUAAUUGGGAAAGGCGGUAAACAAAGCCGUGCCGAAAAAAAUAAAAAGAAAAAACGUAGAAAGAAGCAAAAUCGCAAACUUAGGCAGCAACGUGACAACGAGCGCAUAAAUGACGCUGACAAUGAUCAAUCAGCCGAAGUUGAUAAUAAAACAGAUGAGGCAGAAGCAGAUGACGACGUACAGGCGGCACGGAAUGAAAAGAACUCGGAUGAUGAAAUUGAAGACAAAGAUAAAAAUAAAUCGAGCAGGAAUAAGAAGGACAGAAAGGGUAUGGAUAGGGAUAAGGAUAAAGAGAAGCAAAAACAAAAAGAAAGCGCUGUUGAAAGGAAAGAUAAAUCGGAGAUUGUCGGUGAUGAUGAUGUGACCAUAGAAUAUAUACCGGAACGCAUAACUAUAGCCGACUUAGCGCCAAUGUAUAGGCAAUUUUAUCGCGUUUUCGAAAUAUUUAAAUUGGAGAACAAACCCAAGGUCACAGAGAAGGACAAAACCACUACGGAGAAUGAAGGUGCAGCUGUUCCCAAAAAGCCAAUAGACAAGAUGCAAGAUGAUGAUGAUGACGAAGAUAAUGAGGAUACCAAAGAGGACAAGGAGAAAUUAUCUAAACGCAAACUGAAGAAACUCACGCGUUUGAGCGUUGCUGAGCUAAAACAAUUGGUCUCACGCCCCGACGUUGUGGAAAUGCACGACGUCACUGCGCGUGAUCCCAAAUUACUUGUACAACUAAAGGCUUAUCGCAACACUGUGCAAGUGCCACGUCACUGGUGUUUCAAGCGAAAAUAUUUGCAGGGUAAGCGUGGCAUUGAGAAGCCGCCCUUCGAUUUGCCAGCCUUCAUCAAAAAGACUGGCAUUAUGGAAAUGCGUGAAUCGCUUCAGGAAAAGGACGAUGCCAAGUCAUUAAAAUCGAAAAUGCGCGAACGUGUACGUCCUAAAAUGGGCAAAAUCGAUAUAGACUAUCAGAAGUUGCACGAUGCCUUCUUCAAGUGGCAGACCAAGCCGCGCAUGACCAUACAUGGUGAUCUAUACUAUGAGGGCAAAGAGUAUGAGACACGUUUGAAAGAGAAGAAACCAGGGGACUUGUCCGAAGAGUUGCGCAUAGCACUCGGCAUGCCGGUGGGCCCUAAUUCACAUAAAAUUCCUCCACCAUGGCUUAUUGCCCAACAACGUUACGGGCCGCCACCAUCAUAUCCUAGUUUGAAAAUACCUGGCUUGAAUGCACCCAUACCCGAAGGCACCUCGUUCGGCUACCAUGCAGGUGGUUGGGGCAAACCGCCGGUAGAUGAAAAUGGCAAACCAUUGUACGGUGAUGUAUUUGGCACAAAUAUUAUGGACUUGGAUAGUGGCAUUGAUGAGGGCGAUAUUGAGCGUAAUCAAUGGGGUGAACUUGAGUCCGAGUCUGAGGAAUCAUCUGAAGAAGAGGAGGAGGAUGGUGAAGAUCUGGCUAAUCAGCCAGACGAUAGCGGUCUCGUAACACCAGCUGAAGGUUUGGUAACACCUUCGGGUUUAACAAGUGUCCCAGCCGGCAUGGAGACGCCAGAAACGAUUGAGUUGCGUAAGAAGAAAAUCGAAGCCGAAAUAGAAGACAAUGACACUCCGGUUCUCUAUCAAGUACUGCCCGAAAAGCGUACCGAUCGUGUUGGUGCUUCCAUGAUGGGCUCCACUCACGUCUACGAUAUAAGUGGCGUUAACAAACCUGCCGCACGUGCCGCUGUCACGGUCGAUCGUGAGGGCACCGUCGAAUUGGCUUUGGAUCCCUCCGAAUUGGAUUUGGAUAAUGAGGCAAUGGCACAACGUUAUGAGCAACAGAUGCGCGAACAACAAAGUCAUCUUCAGAAGGAGGAUCUCUCCGAUAUGUUGGCUGAGCAUGUGGCACGCCAAAAAUCAAAACGUAAACGGCAACAAGCCGACACAACAAGCAAAACAACAAAGAAGUAUAAAGAGUUUAAAUUUUGAAUAUUUCCCAGCAAUCAUUUGUAUAAGCCAAGUAAUAUGAGCAUUGUGUUCGACGGCAUUUGUCUUUGGCGUAUAAAGCAUAAAAUAAACCACAACAAAUUACAUCUCUUAGCUAAUAUUA